AUGGAGAAAUGGUCGGUCCGGAUAAAUAUCACUUUUCUACUUAUCACCAGAUCAGAUCACGAAGACGACGACGACGAGACCAAGAGGAAGCCGAGGAGGAGGCUGACAUUCGCUCUCUAUUACAUCCCACGCUCUCUGCUGCUGCGGUUCUUCCAUCUACAGCUUCUCGAUAUCCCGUUGACCAUGUCGAAAGCUACGUUCGCUGCCAUCGCAGCCGCCGGUAUAGCUACAGGCGCCGGCGUCACUGCUCUGAUAUAUUCCUCCAGCUCGUCUCGUCACCAGUCUCUCCCGCCUCCAACAGCUACUCGAGUUCCCGCAGCUCCUCCAGCACCAUCCCUCGUCACCGCAGCAGCUAGAGCACCACCGCCAGCGCUUCCAUCUCGCUCAGCCGCACCUGUUGACCCAACAGGCCUUUUUCAAUAUGGCUUCCCUGGUCCGGUCUCAGAUAACGUUACCAGCCCGCCUCUGACCUCCGGCUAUGAUCGUCGAACUCGCAAUCCAGCAUGGGUAGCUGAGCAUAUAACCCGCGAAUCCGUAGCUGAGAAGGGCGGAGACCGCUCCCACAGCCAGUUUUACGAAGAACCAACUAUCCCAGCUGCGUAUCGUGCACGAUUAAGCGACUACUACCGCUCUGGCUACGACAGAGGACAUCAAGUACCUGCUGCAGAUGCCAAAUGGAGCCAGGAAGCAAUGGACUCGACUUUCUCAUUGGCAAACAUGUGUCCGCAGGUCGGAGAGGGAUUUAACCGCGAUUACUGGGCGCAUUUUGAAGACUUCUGCCGCAGACUGACGCAGAAAUACCCGUCUGUUCGCAUCGUGACUGGACCGCUGUAUCUGCCCAAACGUGAUCCGGCAGAUGGGAAGUGGAGGGUUAGCUAUGAAGUGAUCGGAAACCCUCCCAAUGUCGCCGUGCCCACGCAUUUCUACAAGGUAAUCUUCGCCGAGGAUGGGUAUGGAGAGGAAGGAAAGGUCAGCCUUGGAGCCUUCGUGCUUCCCAACGCCAGGAUUCCAAACGAUAAACGGUUGCAGGAUUUUGAGGUGCCAUUGGAAGCUAUCGAACGUGCGAGUGGUCUUGAAUUCGCUAGCAAACUACCCGCCUACAGACGUGGUGUGCUAUGUCAGGAAAUAAAGUGCGACAUCACCGUUCGCGAGUUUAAGAAGGCAAGUAACAGGAAGAACUUGCCCUCGUCAUGA